UCUUUUGAUGACAUGAGCUAUCUUGUUAAUUGAAUAUAUGGUUGGUACGUACCUGCCUGCCUGUAAGUGGUACAAACUUUAAACUGUAAGGCUAGGUACUUAGGUACAUGUAAGAUAACCCCACUGUAGCCCUUAUCCGAGCCCACAUUCGAAAUUCUAACUAAGACCCUAGUAUUAACUUUUUGUUUUCGCAAAUCGUGAACUUUUCCUCCUUCAACCCCAAAUCACCCACUUUACGUCGCCUUCAUCACUUUGCCGCAACGUAAACGUUCGAGUCGUGAAGGUAGCUUCUCACCACACACAAAUCACUCUCCAUCAUCCAUCCAUCCAUCCAUCUCGACCAAACAAAUCUAGCCAAGAUGUCGUACAACAAGGCAGAGAAGGACUACGGCGCGGAGCAGGCCAAGACGCACAAGAUCCGCAUCACCCUCACCUCGCGCAAGGUCGCCUCCCUCGAGAAGGUCUGCAGCGAGCUCAUCGAGCGCGCCAAGAGCAAGGACCUCCGCGUCAAGGGCCCCGUCCGCCUGCCCACCAAGACCCUCAAGGUCACCACCCGAAAGACCCCCUGUGGUGAGGGUUCCAAGACCUGGGACUGCUACGAGCUGCGCAUCCACAAGCGCCUGAUUGACCUGAACGCCCCUACCGAGACCGUCAAGCAGAUCAUCGUCAACAUCGAGGCCGGCGUCGAGGUCGAAGUCACCAUCGCCGCUUAAACUGGGAUAUAGAAAAAAGGGCGAGAAUAACGGAGUCUUGGAUGGAUUACACGGAUAUACAGAUACCCAUGUCAUUCUUAGCCCGUAUCCCGGAGGCGGCCCGCAACCGAAUAGGUUCCGGAGCACGGCAGAGAUGAAUACAAACACAAGCCGAAUUGCAAGAUAAAACAUUCUAAUCAU